AUGCCAACCAAAGAAAGCACUUCAUACAACAUAGCACCUCAUGGCGAUGACGAAGGAUAUGACGAAUAUCAACAACAAGUUAUCAAUGAAUUGAAAUUAAUAUUACAAACUAUCAAACUGAUCAAUACUAAUCUUGUCAAUUCUAUUCAAAUCCUCAAUACUCGAGAUAAUAAGGGUAAUAUCGAAUAUAAAGCAAUCGUCAAAGAAACCGUCGAAACUAUCAACAGCAUUGUAGAUAAGUUGAAAUAUUGA